CUUUUUUUAAAAAAUAUGGCGGAUGUUCUUGAUCUAGAUGGUGGCGGAGAAGAGUUUGAAAUAGAUGAAGAAGGAGAUCAAAGUGUGCAGAAGUUGAAAGAAAGAGCUAAGCGAAGAAAAGGACGUGGCUUUGUAUCAGAUGGAACAGUCAGAGAAGAUAUUCGUGGGUACGAGGCAAUGGAAACAGAUGAGAAUGAUGAACCAGGACCUCAGCGAUCUGUAGAAGGCUGGAUUCUGUUUAUAUCUGGAGUUCAUGAAGAAGCACAAGAAGAUGACAUUUAUGAUAAAUUUGUUGAAUAUGGAGAGAUAAAGAAUCUCCACUUGAACCUGGACAGACGCACAGGCUUCCUGAAGGGAUAUGCUCUCGUUGAAUAUGAAACAUUUAAAGAGGCUAAUGCAGCAAUUGAAGCAAUGAAUGGGUCAGAUAUACUCGGGCACACUAUCAGAGUAGACUGGUGUUUUGUGAAAGGGCCAACUAAAAAGUAAAAAACGUAGCCACAGAAAAAGGCAUUGAAAGAAAAAUAUUGCAUUUAUAUAGUUUUUUUUAAUUAACAUCAUUUGCCCUUUUUAUUUGCAUCAUGAAAUUUUUAUAGAACCUACAUCAUUUCUAAUAACUCAAUAGACAAGAUGAAGUAUCAUAAUUUAAAAUAUUUUUAAUAUUAAUACUCCAUGUGUGUAAAAUAAAAAUUGACUAAAGGAGUUUCGACAUAGGUUUAUAACUUCCAGUUUAUUAGUUUUGUUGACACUUCUAUAUGUAAUUUAUUAGUUGUUAAGCCGAGAAAAUUGGGAUAAGAAGGUUGUUUAAAAAAACUUUUCUUUAAUACUGAAACUUUUUAAGAAAGAAAAAAAAAACAUCCAAAUAAUUCCAGGUUUAUUCUUAGAAGCAUCAUGAAAGCCAAAAGGGUAGAUUUCAGUUUUCUUUCACAAGAGUGUGAGCUUUAUGUAUCAUUGAUUGUUUCAUUGGGAAAAAUAAAAUGACAUUUCAUAGCAA